UUUAAAGCCGUUUCAGAUUCCCCUGCCCAGUAAUCAUCCCGUUCAGCUGCUCAGUUUCAACGUGGAGAUCGUUUAAUGAAAAAUAAAUCUUUCAAUUGUAACUCGGACUCCUCAAGGUCGGGAGGAUAGACAUUUGUGACAGUAGGUCACUCAAUUUACGCUCGUCUUGGAAGAAACAAGGCAUUUUUUAGUUGCUCUUACUUUUUUCCCCGUCCCAUGUGCGCGCAUGAUUUUCUUCCCGUGUUGAUGCUUCUAUUUUGUCCCUCACUUACUCGCGAUUUCGCUAUCCGCCGCCCACUCCAGGCCCAUCUCAAUUCCUCGCGGAGUUAAGUGACUUGAAAUGUGACUUGUGCACCGUUGUAUUCGUUCAAGCAGCCGUCGGAGAUGAAUGAAAAUGCAGAUACCGCCUCCAAUAAAGGAACUUGUUUAUGCUGUAAACUUGAAGUGUCAGAAAACACAGGCAGGCUCCAUGCCUCCAGUUUUGUUAUCAGGUGGUGUGGUUCCUUUGAUAACAAGAGGACCUGGAGGCAGAGACGGAUGAAGCUAAUCCUCCUUUUCCCGUUCAGCUUUUUCAUCAUAAUAUCCAUUGCAUUUCUCUGUUGUGAAACAUUGAAAAUGGUAACACCGGAUCUCCUUACUCCACCACAACCAGUUCCAAUGGUGGUCAGUCAGUAUGAUGCUGACCUUCUGGAACAUACAAUUUCUACCAAGUCUGAUCUCCUCGAGGAUUUAUUGAAGACUAAGUGCAUACCUUCAUCUACAUACUUUACGCAACUACGGAAAAAAAGAGAACUCAGACCUGAUACUCUUGGCAAUCCUAAGUACGGCACAUAUCAAAGCAGCGUUUCAAGCGAUCCAAUUUCUCAACAUAAGUUAGCCCCAAGGUGGUUUGUGAGUUCUGAAUCAUUGCCAUUGCUGAAAGAGAAUGACAUAAUACCAAAAUCUCAGAAACUACUAAACAGCACCACCAAGAGCAUCCAAGAAAGCGAUGAGCCUUUUGAUGUAACAAAUCAAGAGCAGAAUCAAGAUCCAAGUGAAAAUUCUGAAAAAGCUCAAGAAGCUGCAACGACAGUUCCUAAUUAUAUUGACCAGGCAGACCAAACGCAUGACUCAAGUCCGGAUAUUCAAAAUGCAGAAAACAUAGAUUGGGUGUUAAAAACCAAACCUCUAAAUUUCAAAACCACUCCUGCCAUUGAGAGAGAAAAUCAGACGGAAGAAAUACAAAGGCAAAAACCUACAGUUCUUUCUACUAUAUCGGAUAGUGUUCCUGCAAUACAGCAUGCAUUCUGGAAGGGAGAGGGAACCAAAAAUAUGAUUUUGGAAAUGCAAGGAAAAUUAAUGAGACAAUAUAUGGACACUGAUGCUGAUCCAUGCCAAGAUUUCUAUCAAUAUUCUUGUGGCAACUGGGGACGACUGAAUCCAAUUCCACAAGAUAAAGCCGCCUUUGAUACAUUUGAAAUGUUAAGAGAAUCUUUAGAUUCUGUCCUGAAAGAACUUCUUGAAGCCAAACCUCUACCUGAUGAGGCAGAAUCACAUUUAAAAGCCAAAAAUUUAUACUCGUCUUGCAUUAACUAUGAAGUUUUAGCGGAGCGUGCUGAAAAACCGCUUAUUGAUCUCCUUGACAAGUUGGGAGGUUGGCCCAUCCUUAGACCAGGAUGGGACGCAUCAAGCUUUGACUGGAUAGCACAGAUGGCUCAACUACGUUCAUAUAAUAAUGAUAUUCUGAUUUCUGAGUGGGUUGGCCCAGACAUAAAAAACUCAGACGAAUACAUAAUUCAGUUUGAUCAAACAAGUUUGGGAUUGCCUACCCGAGAUUACUACUUACAGUCGUCAAAUUUAAUCUAUCUGGCUGCUUAUAGAAAUUAUCUAAUAAAAAUUGCCACUUUGCUUGGAGCCUCGCCAGAUAAUGUAACAGCCCAAGCAGAUGAAAUUAUUUCUUUUGAAAUUGACCUAGCGGAGAUCACAUCUGCUCCUGACGAGCGUCGAAAUGUUAGCGAGUUGUACCGGAGACUUUCGGUGCACGAAUUAAGUUCACUGGUUCCAGAAAUUGAUUGGCAACGUUACUUAUCUAUUGUUCUAAACAGGCCUUGUAAUGCAUCAGAGCCUGUUGUAAUUUUUGCACUUCGAUAUGUUCAAGAUCUCGUGGUACUGUUGGCCAAAACUCCGCCCAGGACUAUCUCAAAUUAUUUACUGUGGAGAUUUGUCCGGCAUAGAGUGAAUAACUUGGAUGAUCGAUUCCAAGAAGUGAAACAAAGAUUUUAUUUCAUUUUGUUCGGCCGUGAAAAAGCUCCGCCCAGAUGGAAAAAUUGUGUCGCACAAGUCAAUAGUAACAUGGGUAUGGCAUUAGGAGCUAUGUUUGUUAAACGUUAUUUUGAUGAAAACAGUAAAGACGAUACAUUGGUUAUGACGAAAGAAAUUCAGCAGGCAUUCCAAGAAAUUCUAAAUGAAACUACUUGGAUUGACAUAGAAACUAAAAAGCUUGCCUCGGAGAAAAUUGAUGCUAUGAUGUUGAGAAUCGGAUAUCCUAACUUUAUUCUGGAUAAAGCAGAGCUCAAUCAUCAUUACAAAGAUGUGGAAAUUGAAUCAGAUAAAUAUUUCGAAAACACUCUGAAUAUUUUACAACAUUUAACGAGAGUUGAGCAAUCUCAUCUUGGGACUCCUGUGAAUAAGUCUCAGUGGUGGAACUCAGCUCCUGCAAUCGUUAAUGCCUAUUACAGUCGUAAUAAAAAUCAAAUAAUGUUUCCUGCUGGCAUUUUACAACCUCCUUUCUAUCAUCGACAUUUCCCUAGGAGUUUGAACUACGGAGGAAUUGGUGUUGUAAUUGGUCAUGAGAUCACGCAUGGUUUUGAUGACAAAGGCCGUCUUUUUGAUAAGAGUGGCAACCUGCAUCGAUGGUGGAAAGAUGAAGCUAUCAGUAAUUUUCACGAAAAAGCGCUAUGUCUGAUUGAACAGUACAGCAAAUAUGUAGUUUCCGAAGUUAGCAUGCAGAUAGAUGGAAUCAAUACUCAAGGGGAAAACAUUGCGGAUAAUGGUGGCAUUAAACAAGCUUUCAGAGCUUACAAGAAAUGGCUAAAAACCAACAAUGGUGCUGAUGAGACUUUACCAGGACUUAACGCCACAGGCCUUCAGUUAUUUUUCCUGAAUUUUGCACAAGUGUGGUGUGGGAAUACAAGACCAGAGGCUACCAGAAAUAAAUUGAAAACUGCUGUACAUUCGCCAGGAAGAUUUCGGGUCAUAGGUACACUAUCUAACAGUAAAGAUUUCUCGGAGGUGUUCAACUGUCCACUAGGAUCUCCCAUGAACCCAGUCAAAAAAUGUUCUGUGUGGUGAUAACGGAAGCAUGUUCCCAGUCUCUGUCUCAAUUAAUCUUUUCUCCUUACUGAAAAUCAUUUCCUUUUUCAAAUUACUGUGAUAUGAUCCAUUGAGUACCUAUUCUAAAAACCGGGUUUUCUUUCAAUGUUGUUAGAGAAAGUCAGACUUUAGAGGUUCUGAAAGGUUAAUCAAAAGGAAAGCCUCAAUUUUAGACUAAGAUAUUAUUUUUCAUAGACUCCAUAAAUGUAUAAUUGAGAAUCUGGGGACAAGCAGGGCAUUUUUCAGUCUUGUUGUUUAAGAAUCUCUAUUGCGAAUUCAUGUAUUGGAGAAAAAUUUAAGGAGUGAUUUCUCCGGAAUUUAUCCUUUAGGAUUAUGAAGAAUAUAUUCGUAAAAAAUUUCCAUGACACGAAUGUAGUCACUUACCUUACAAAAUUAUAGAAGAGAUUCAGACGUGCUACAACCGAGAUGUGCCCCUCUUGUAGCUAGUGCACCAAUCGACCUUAAUGUCAAAGCAAAAGAGCUGAAGUUGUUGAUAUGCAAGUCUGAUUUGAGGUCUUGCACAGAUUUGGAAUUCAAAAAAGUAAUAAACCUGACUGAAGGCACAAAAAAAAAAAUUAUUGAAGAACCUUUCAGGUACUUCAAGUUUGGUUGGAGUCCUCUGCAGGCAUUUAAGGCAGUUCUAAAAUCACAGGUGAAAUGGAGACUCAUAAUAGCAAAACUAGGAGGUCGGGCUUAGAUACAAGAACGACAGAAUCUUCAGAAAAUCAUCAAUAAGGAGUAGAGAUAGGUGUAAUUUUCAAGAAAGCUUAAAGGAUGUACUUUUCAAAUGUACAUUCACUAUUUAUGAUAAAUGCGAGACUUUGAAUUCAAGGAAAGUGACAAACUUGAAGGAUAUUGACCUAGAAAGGUUUCAUAUUUUUGAGUGCUUUCAACGGUAAACUUUAAUUAUGAUGAAAACUGAUGAUACUUUUCUGCUCUGAUUCUGCUCAGAAUCAUACACCUUAGGGUAACCUAGAAUCAAAGCGGAUACUUGCAUUCCCAUCUUUUGCGGAGAAGUGAUAGUCCAAUAAAAAAAUAGACCAUCCAUGAAAUGCAAUUGACGAAAGCUCUUUAAGAAACUAUCGGAGCUGGUUAGUUCAUUUUCUGAUUGGUCCUGGGAUUUGAAGUGCAAGAAGGCACGUCCAUACGCAAAGUAUUGGACAGAUUUUGGUGGUUAAUCUCUUGAAAAUCUCCCGAUGUAAUAUCCCUGAAACUUUCAAAACUCAAACAUUAGAACACUAAAAUGCUGAUAAAACCUCUGACAAUUGACUAGCGUUCAAGGAAAAUCAGACUGACAUCAACAGCAUUGUUCAUUCAAAUACAAGUGAUUUUUCAUGAUCAGGACUAGCAGAUAGUCCAUUUUCAGCGAUGCUACUGCCAACGUUUGUUCUAGGUUACCCUAUUAUACUUGACUGCCUGUUGGAGAAUUUUUUAAUUGUGUGUUAAAGUUGAGAACUUAGGAUCUACAUUUCGUAUCUCCUGCAUUACUAGUUUUUCAACUCAGAAUAUUGCAAAGAAACAUUCUUCUUGAAGUAAUUUUGGAGAUCAGUACAUACAUAUAAACUAAUUUAUUGCUAUUUUGCAUUGUUAAACCUCUUUUGAUACAUAAAUUGUAAAUUUCAGCUUAAUAAAUUGCAUUUCUUCUUAA